ACGACACGAAAUAUAGUUUUAAUAAAAAUAACAUUUAUUUACAAAAAAUAUUUUCCUUACUUUGACACAUUACAAACAAGUGCCAACAGGAUAAACUAUAUUAAAAUGACGCAUUCCCUUCACGAAUAAGUCAUGUAAUUUUCCCGUAAUAAUACUAUUCUUGGAUUAGUUAGUUUCAAUGCAUUAAGAUGGAAGGCCGUCUAUUUUUGAUAGUAGUGUUCCUAUACGGAGCUUUAUGUCAACGUGUGUGUGAAUGGAAAACCUGCCGUGAGUGUAUAAGGGAUCCUAAUUUGUGUAUGUGGUGCGCUACUGAGAAUUUCAACGGAACGAGUAGAUGUAAACCAGUGACACAUAAGGAUGAAAACUGGUGUUCACCGGAAAACGUGCAAAAUCCUCUGAGCAACAUAACAGUUGGCGAUUCAAAAGAUUUCAGCUCCAAAGUCGGACAUAUGAUUCAAAUCAAACCUCAAAGUUACAAUUUAAAGCUUAGAGUAGGACAAGAACAGAUGUUCGCUUUCUCUUACAAAGCGUCUGAAAAUUUUCCAGUCGACCUUUACUUUCUCUUUGAUGCUUCUAAUUCUAUGAAAAGAAUGAAGGAUGACUUAGUCAAUCAGACGUACAAUAUAUUCGAAACUAUAAGAAAUAAGACUAAAGAUGUAUAUAUGGGGCUAGGCACCUUUAUUGAUAAAAAUUUGAUACCUUUUAAUAACAAAAUUUCAGCCAACCAAACAUAUUCUUUCAAACACGAGGUAAAAUUAACGAAUGACGUAGAUUUGUUCAAUGAUAAACUUGUCCAUUUAAAAUUCGGAGCCAACGCCGAUGACCCUGAGAGUGGACUAGAAGGAAUAGCACAGGCUGUCGCAUGCAAAAAUAUAACAGGAUGGAGAAAGCAAUCUAGAAAGAUCCUAGUAUUGAUGACAGACCAAGCUUAUCACGCAGCAGGUGAUGGUAAAGCAGCAGGAAUUAUUAGACCUUAUGACGGAGGAUGUUAUUUGAAUGCAGAUGGAUAUUACACUAAAGAAAAGGAGAUGGACUACCCUUCAGUAGGAAUAAUCAAUUAUAUGGUAACGAAGGAAGAGAUUAAGAUAUUGUUUGUGUCAAGUUUCUCGGAUCAGACGGUAUAUAAUACAUUGGCGACGGCUAUUACGGAGUCGGAGGUGAUGAGCUACCAAUCUAAAGCUAUUACUAGUAUGUUGGACGAGACUUAUGAGAAAAUAUCCCAACAAAUAAAGUUAAAACUGAAUUUGUCAGAUGACGAGCAAAACCAUUUCGAAAUAACUUUCGAUCCAAACUGCGACUACGACAAUUGCAAAGUGACACCAGGCCAAGAAAUGAACUUUACUGGAAAAAUUCUACUCAAGCAACACUUUAACAAAGAUCAACUGUAUAUUAAGAUCAACCCAAUUGGUUUGAAUGAUAAAAUAGUUCUGAAUGUGUCUGUGUUAUCAGAUUGCGGAUGUUCUAAACAUGCAGAGAUAAACUCGACAAGAUGUCAUAACAUUGGUAACUGGAGCUGUGGUGUUUGUGAAUGCCCUGAUGCCAAUUUCGGACCAGAUUGUGGCUGCACUGGUAACACCUCGACGUGCUCCCCUCCCGGUUCGGAUAACAUCUGCAGCGGACACGGCACUUGCAGUCCUUGCGGCAUUUGCAAAUGUGUGGAGGGAUACGAUGGCACAUACUGUGAAUACCAGACCAAUAACUGCCUACGCGACAACGCUGGCAAACUCUGCUCAGGUCAUGGUACAUGUCUUGAUGGUAAAUGUACCUGCUAUGGCGACUGGACCGGAACUGCCUGCGGUUGUACAACUUUGAACACAGGAUGCAUUAGUGAUGGAAUGGAAUGCAACAACCGGGGCCACUGCGUCUGCGGUAUUUGCGCGUGCGACCCCCCAGCCAAAUGGGACGCUCGCACCUACAACAGCAACAAAUUUUGCAAACAGAACCCCUGCUACGACUGCCGUAGCCAACAGUGCAGGCACCUCAUACCUUGCAUCAAUUGCUUGAACGAAGGCGGUUCUUGUCAGCAUGUUUGUGGAGACACAUUAUUUGUCCACGACACUAAAUCCGUUGAUGUGAAUGGUGUAAAUGCUACGUGGCAGAAUUGUUCUCAAAUUCAAGUUCAUCUUGGAUGUUAUUCUGACUUUAAAUAUGUUUACAAUGAUAAUAAUACAAUGACACUUGUGGUAUUGGAGACGAGUUGUGCGCAGAGUCAAAUGUAUAUUGGCGUGAUAUCGGUGGUGGUUUUGUUGGCUAUUGGCAUUGCAACGUUGCUGGCUUGGAAAUUGCUGACCAACGCCAGAGACCGAAGAGAGUACGAAGCAUUCCUUAAGUCAUCACAGGAAGGUGAUAGUUUGCGAAUCAAUCCGACAUACGCAGCACCAACCACUACUUACAUGAACCCUGCUUUCGAGAACAGCACAGAACAGCGCAAAGAAUAAACCAAUUCUUUAAAUAAUUAAUAUCGCAUCUUAUGGAUGUUUUGAAGUUUAUUAAUAGUACAUUACUAUAAAGGCCGGGAAACGAAGGGUUACAGGCCAAGAAGAUAGAUAAGGAUAGGGAUACGUGACCGGCAACCCCGUUUCUCGCCGAGAUUUGAAUAGUGCUUUUCUCAAACAUGCAAUGAAAAAAAAAACGAAAAAAAAAUAGGUGGUUCGAAAGCCUUCCAGCCGGCGAUCCGCGAGGAUUUAGACCUUCAAAAAUACAAUGCGCUGGCUCAGAUGCCGCUAAUACUUUUGUUGGCGCCUAGGACAUUCAACACCCGUUUCUUGGUGAAAACAGAUGGAAACUAAAAAUAAAAUAGAUAAAAUAAAGGCCCUACACUCACCCCCGUGGCGCUUGUGCAGGUCUUUGUCUUGUUUUCCACUGUAUAAUUAUUCCGCUUUCAAUAUUGAGUCCGUCUUCUAAAUAUUAAUAUAUAAAAUUCACCGCAAAAUCUUUCUUGUCAAAUAAUUUUCCGUGUUCACAAAUCCACGGCAAAUUCAAGUCUCUCCGACAUUUUCUUCUUUUCGUUUUAUUUCGAAUUUCAAAAUCUUGUCUCCAAAGCGCAUGCCCUAACUUUCCCCGAACGAGAUAUAUAUAUGGUAAAAAUGGUGUGAAUGAAAAGGAUGACAAAUGUGUCGAACGAAACAAUUUUGAGGAUGCGUUCCGAAAUAUGAUAUUAAAAACUAAACAAUAGGCAAUUGGUUUUAUUUGUAGGCUUACAGAACUAAAAACAAAUUACGAAUCUACUUCUAUUUAAUGGUUGAAU